UAGUGGUGUGGGUGGUACUGGUAAAUCCUUUCUCAUUGAGGCCAUCAAGGCCCUAGUGAACAGUCUGUGGAGUAGUGAAGGCCUCCUCUGUGGUAUUGCAGCACCAACUGGGCUUGCUGCAUUCAAUGUCGGAGGUAUCACUAUCCACAGACUCUUCCAACUCCCUGUUGAGCAUGCUACCAAAGCCACUAGCUAUUGGCCACUGCCCAAAACAUCCCAGAAGAUCAUGAGAGCAACUCUCUCUGAAGUGAAAGUUGUUUAUUAUAGAUGAGAUUUCAAUGGUUUCCAGUAUCAACCUGGCUUUUGUACACAUGAGACUAGAGGAGUUGUUUGGUAGCAGUGAGUGGUUUGGGUCUCGGAACAUGCUGUUUGUAGGUGACCUCCUCCAACUCCCACCUGUCCAUGGGAAUCCUGUUUUUGAGAAGGUUGCCACUAAAUCAAUCCUGUCCCAACUAGGGUGUGCAGCUGCCAUCAAUAUUUGGAGAGAUUGUGUUACGUAUGAUGAGUUGACUAUCAAUGAACGUCAGAAAAAGUGAUCCACAGUUUUCCUCCAUGUUGGACUGUGUGAGACGUGGUUGUCCAACCAAGGAAACUGUGAGUGUGUUGAAACAGAGGGUCAUACAGGUGUCUGUCUCAGACAAGUUUUCUGAGCUAAAACAGUCUGGCAAGGCACCUGUUUGCUUAUUUCCCCAAAAGGAAAGCGUGUGAUGACCUAAAUGCACAAAUGCUCCGCAAGAAUGCUUCCGAAGUGCAUGACAUUUAUUGUACUGAUGAGAUUGACGAAACAGCAGGCAAUAGGAAGAUGACCAAGAAGGUCAUUGAGCAUUUGGAUAAACUGAACGCUGACUGCAACAUGACAGCUGGGUUGGAAGCCAAACUGUCUCUUGCAGUCGGUGCACGAGUCAUGCUACGUCGCAACAUUGACACCAAGGCUGGGCUGGUCAAUGGUGCUAUUGGUACAGUGCUGUCAAUAGCAGCCCAGCAUGUGACAGUGCAGUUUGAUAAUGUACCUGCUCCAUGUAAGAUUGAUAAGGUCAGAAGCAGGUUCAUGGUGAUGAAGAAUUUCUAUGUGUAUCGUAGACAAUUCCCUCUCAUUUUAGCCUAUGCAAUUACCAUCCACAAGUGUCAGGGUCUGUCAUUAGACUGUGCCAUAGUAGACCUGUCUGAGGAGGUAUUCAGUGAUGGAAUGGCAUAUGUGGCUCUAUCCAGGGUUAGGUCACUAGAUGGUCUGUUCCUAACAGCCUUUGAUCCCCAGUCCAUCAGUGUUAGUGUGAGUUCCCUGGGGGAAGUAAACCGCCUCAGAAAAACCCAUAGACCUGAUCUUCCUCUGUAUGAUAUACCACACAUCUCUAAAAGAAAGAGGAAGCUCACUGGUGUAGACAAAACUGUUUCCCCAAGUGUAAAAAAGGUCAAGGUGAAUCCCUCAUCUGCAAGGGAUAAUGAGGACUGUGUUAUUACAGGUACAGAAACACCUGCUGCUAGUCCUUUCAAUUUCCACUCUGUAGAUGUACAGUGGCAGCAAAGUGCAUGCCAAGAGCUGGGCCUCCAAUAUUGUACACAAACACCAGUAAGACCAGGAGGACCCGCUGUCCCCCUCACACGUCCAGACAUGCGUAGUGUGAGACGCGUACAGGGAGAUGGUAACUGCCUCUUUCGAGCAUUUUCUUACAUUCUGACAGGGUCUGCAGAUCAGCAUAUUGGUGUACGACAUGCUAUCCUUGACCACAUGACAAAUAAUGCCCAAUAUUUCCUAGGCCACCAUCUCGUAGGCUAUGACAGUAUUCAAAGUUAUAUAGCUUCCACAGGUAUGGACCAAGAUGGCACCUGGGGAACUGACAUUGAGAUGCUGUCUUUGGCACACCUGCUCCAGACCCCUGUCUUCUCAUACAGCCAGCAGCAUGGGCAGUGGCAGCGGUACUCUCCUCAUGAUGUCGACAGACAACUGAUGGAUGACAUUCACCAGAGGUCUAUGUAUCUAUUGCACACAGGAAACCACUUCAAUGUUGUUGGUUCUAUAAGGAAGAGUUAAAGAAGCCACAUGUGCUCAUAUAGACUAUACAUGGGCUCUCUGAGCAUGUUGGGGAAGGAGAGGGUGGGUCCCUGCAAUUUAUUGAGGUGGCUUCCCCAUUUCAUGUUCUAACCACCCUCCUAAAGUCUCAGACUUCAUGGAGCUGACUGGUUUCAAGUGUAGGGAAACUGCACUGUCUUUACCACAAAGUUU